GAGAGGGAGAGGGAGGGAGAGGGAGGGAGAGCAGCACGAGAGCGGAGAGACAGAGAGAGAGAGAGAAAGAAAGGGAGCGAGAAAAGAGAGAGGGAGAGAAUGUAUGGUGAAAGGCAAACACGUUCUCCUUCAUUUCCAAGGCCUUUGUGAAUAAACCAUGGGAUGUAUCGGCUCGCGAACACUCACGGGAGAUGGGGUUCCGGUACAGAAGGAUGGGGAACAGCAUGGCCGAACAGACUUUUCAUGGGAUGGAAUCAAUCUCUCCAUGGAGGACACGACUUCCAUCUUGCCUCGGCUAAAGAAGCGGAAUUCCAACGCCUACAGCAUUGGCGCUCUGGCUAAGUCCUCUCUGUCAGGUGUGUCAGGAGUGACACGGUCCAUGAAGGAUAAGGUUACAAAGCCGACGGCGAUGGCCCAGGGGCGGGUGGCCCACAUGAUCGAGUGGCAGAACUGGGGCAUGCAGACGGUGGGAGCUGGGGGCUCCAGCGGCGGCCGAACAUCCACCCUCCACCUCCAGCAUGAACGCAAGCUGGAGAACGAUGCCUACAGCGACCUCAGUGAUGGAGAGAAAGAGGCACGCUUUGCUGCAGGAGUUCUGCAGCAGUUUGCGAUAUCUGAGGCCACUCUGCUGGCCUGGACCUCCAUGGAUGGAGAGAGUAUGAGCGCGGGCUCCAAUCAAGGCAGUGUUGCCCACCUGAGUGAAGCCAACCAGGAGAGCAUCACCAGCCGAGAUCAGAUACUGCAUCACUCCUCUGCAGAAGUAUGGCCUCACACCUACGUUUCCCAGGGCCUCUACUGCCUCUCCUCAUCAGAUGCCUGGGAACCAAUUAGCAAUGAGCAGUCGGGUGUGGCCUCCCCCGCCACCGGCUCCUACGUCAUGGCAGGUGGGACUUCCUGCGAGGGUGCCUAUGAUGGAAAUGCUGCGGGUCACUACCUGUCGCAGCAGCAACAGCAGCAAUUCAACCUCCAGCAACACCAACUACAACAGAUACAGCAACUGCAGCAGAUACAGCAAUACCAACAACAACAAAUACUGCAGUAUCAGCAACAGCAACAGUUAUUGGAACAGAGACUACAGAGUGCCACUCAGUCUUUACAAGCCACACCCAACAGCACCAUCCACAGUCUACCUCCACUCACUCACCCGCCAUUGGUGGACCUGUGGGGUGCAGGGCAUACAGAGACCUAUCAAGCCGACGUGGGUGGUUAUAUAGGUGUGGCAGCAGCAAUGGAGGGAAGUCUGACGGCCCCCUCAGAGGAUGUGGGAACAGAACACUCACCUUUACUGGAGGCUCAGGAGGAGGAAGAGGUCAAGGAGGAGGAGGUCACGUUAUGCAUGGAACCAGAACCAGUGACUUUAAUUCCUUCCCCAGCUGCACAGAGGGAGGAAGUGACCUCAGUAGGAGGAAGCAGUCCAGGACAGGCCCCUGGGGAACCAAUCACAGAGUGGAAAUCUUCUGAUGUCACACCACCUGUUAAUGAAAUGCUGGAGGAAAAAGAGGAGGAGUCAGAAUCCUCAUCGGUCAGUGCCACAGCAACCAAAUGAGUGUUAGGAGCAAGACAAAAACUGAUUUUAAUGGACAUUUAAAGCUACAUAUUCAGCUAUUUGAAUUAAUAUGUCACUUUUCAGGUAUCAAAACCUUUGUGAUGGAACUCUUCAAAUACAAAAAGGAAAAAAGGACUGAUUUUUUUUGAAGGAAGCCUUAUACUUCUGAAGAGGAGGACAAGAUAAGGGAGAGUGAGAGAGCAGAAAGAUACACACAAAGGAUUCAGAGAGAUGAGUAAAGUACAGACAAAAAAGUGGUUAAAUACAUGCAUGCUACUUACAUGAAUGGUACAUAUCACUAAGAACCAUAAAUAACACACCAUAAUAACAAAACAUCAAAACAUUUGAUACAUCUAGAACACAAAAUUAUUUAAAAACUUUUGAUAAACCACAAAAAGAAAAUACAGAUAAUACAUGUAUAGUAUAACAAUUCAUCUCUGAGACAACACUGCAUUUAUCCAACCAGGUGUUGUGUUUACGAUUAAAUCUCCUGCCACAGCAAACUAACACUAUUAAAUUCAGCAUCACUUAAAGGAACGGACUUAAACAGCAGUGGAACAAGAUUCGCUUUUCCCUCCUAAGUGGGCUGUUUGCCACUUUAAAUUUUUCUAUUCACCUACACACAUGCUUGUGAAGUACAAUAUUAAAGUCUUUCCUUAUGACAUAUUACCAAAAUUACCAGAAUACUGUAUACUGCUACUAUACAGUAUACUACCAGUAGGCAUAUUUGCACAUUACCUAUAAAACCUACACCGACUAUAUGAUUUCUAAAAUCCUUGAGUUUAAAACCCACUGGUUAACUAUUCCACCACCAUUUGUUUGUCUCCACAAAGUUAUUUGAGGAUGGAUGUUAGCACAUCAUUUUGAGAUUAAUCUGUACCAUCUCACAGUCAGGUGGGUCCAUUCGAUGGUUUUUAAAAACUUCUAUGACCAGCACCACAUGCUACAAAGGUCAUGUGAUCCAGAUCAAAAGAUAAUUUGAAUGUUUUUUUUUUCCGAGAUGCAUUUCAAAAUGAGGUGCUACACCCUCACAUACUCAUCAAUCAUUUUGGUAAUGCUUUUUACAGCCUCAUGACAAGGAUGUGAGGUACAAUUGCACUCAUUUCACAUACAGCUGUAGUUGGUUCUGUAUGGGAAAUGAUCACAGGGCCACUCAAAGUUGAGGCCUGGGUCACAUGUAUUACUAUGUUCUGAACAUUUCAGGGAAGACUAUUCACUUAAAGUGAGUUACAUCAGUUUAGGAAAUAUCAGUAAGAGUUAACACAAAAACACGUACAAACACACACACAGACACACACAUACAGAGUUCUGUGCUGCAGUGGAUUGUAUCAUAGCGUGCUUCCUUCUCUGUGUGUCCCCUUUGGCAUGCAUGCUAUUUGUCAGUGUACUAUGGAGUCCUAUACAGCACUGUAUAGAUAAUUGCACUGAACUUUACUACUCUGAGCUGGGCACUGAUACAAGCUCACUUGAAUUCUAAGAGUUUUAGGGCUUUGAUUGGCUGAUUGAUUAAGGGACACAGAGUUGCACAGUCUUUGCAUACUCUUUGCACUCUCACUGGUAGGAAGAGUCAAAAACAGAUGCCUUCUGGACUCUGUUAUCACCCUGGGGGUGGGAGUGGGCGACUACAUUUCCCAGAAUGCACCUUUACAAGACAACAAAGGCUGAUUUUUCCUGUGGAGUUUAAAUGAUGUUGCUUGGUUUGUUUGUUUGCACUUUGGUUCGGUAACUACAAAAAUGAAAGUUCAGCCAGUCAUAUAAGUCUGAAUGGAUCACAGUAUGUUACAACAAGCAAGUGCACAAGUGAAAAGGGUGGAAAAUGCUGCACAAAAAGCGGGGAAAGAAAGAAAAACAGAAAACAAGUUUCAGAGUUCAGGCUAAAGCUGAAUUUCCAAGGCCUUGUCAGAUACAUGUAAAUACUGUUAACACUCUUCAGGAUCAUAACUCAGUUCAUUUAUUUUUAUACUAUGACGUGUCUUGAUUUCUGCAACACAACUCUUUUAUUCUGUUCACUGGCGGAUGUUUAAAAUCAAAACCUGCAUUGUACACAACAGACAGAAGAAGACAGGAGAGAGAUCAGCAUGUGUAAAUAUAACAGCAUUAACAGAAAUAUGAUGGAAAAUAUUCCAAAUGGAUGAGGCGUCGGAAUUUAUUGAGGAAUGUGACCUCACGAAGAACUCAGGCCAAUCAGAACCGAACUGGUGUCUUCCUGUUUGUCAUGGUUACUGGUUACCAUAGUUGCUGUGAUCAGACAAACUCUGUGCUGAGUGACUUUCUGGCUGCAGACAAGCUGAGCUGAGCUGGCUGAGCCGGAACGUGAUGUAUUCCAAAGCCGAAGCAGUUGUCUAGUGUAGAGACACAGAGGUUUUCUCCACCACUCGUUGUUGUGAUGCUGUGCAUGUUUCACCAAGGAAAAAAAUGACAAUUAUGAUCAGGACAGCCGGUUAUCCUGGAUGUUUGUUUCUUCGGAGAACACCUCAAUUCACCCUUUGAUGAUUGUGUGCAAGCUGAAUACAAUAAGAUCAAAAUGAGGUUUCUUGACUUGAAUGACUUUAUUUAUUGAUUGAUUAUUUAUGCAAUGCUGGGACAACGUUUAUUUUUCUACAGAAUUGUGAGCCCUCCCCCCUAGUAUAGAAUGGGUCACAUGUCGUUUUGCUGAGCUUCUGAAGAAGGCAUGUAGACUGGAAACAGUGGAAGGAAUGCGUGUGCAUCCGUGUGGCAAUUCACUCAAGCUUCUGUUCACAAAGCCUUCACGAUAGUGUCUUUCUAAACAUCACCUAGAACCCUUUGUAAUCGCCUGUCUUCUGUCAUUACAUAGAGGUGCAAACAUUAAACUGAUCUGAUAGUUACUCAUGAGAACAGCGAAAUACGUGUUGUGCAUUUAGCGGUUUUAAAGCUUUCAUCAUUGUCAUAACUGGUUGUAAAGCUCUUAUGAAGAGCUCUGAGCUUCCACUGCUUUUUGCCCAGUCUUAGUGCCAGGCUGAAGGGAGCGCACAGUAAUGGAUAUGUGCUCAUUUAUUUAUUUAAGAAUUAUUGGGACUUAACUUUUCAGCCUGUAUAGUACUUAUGAUUUAGUAAUUUAGGCAUGUUUCCGUUGAAAUGACAUCACUCUGUCUGUGUGCAGUGGCUCUGGUUUCCUACUGGUUGAUUAGCUCUUGAUUCACUGAAAAUACGUCCUUUGCUGCAUUGAGGUUUUCUCAGUUCAAAAUAGAUAUAUGGUAUUUCUAUCACUAAGAAACAAAGAAAGACAUCUCAGCCAUCAGACUUCUAGACCUUCUCAAAAUUGAUAGAUUUCAUUCUCGGCAUGUGGUAGAUCAUUUUUGGUGAAAAUUUUUUAUAUUAUAAACUAAUGGGGGAAGAACGGGGCCCUUGGAUAAAUAUUUUUAAAUUAGUCGAGGCUCUAGGCUUUUGAGUAGUGCAACCAUCUACAGUGUAAAAAAUCAUCUACAUCUAGUCAAUAUAUCUAAUAUUUCUUAUUUGUUUGUUGUUAGCAUAUUAAUCUAAGAUAAUUUAACAUUUCUCGAUAUUUGUACUUGUGUAGGAUAUUAAGUGAAAUCAUCUCACUAUAUUGCCAAUAAUUUUGCUUGUUUUAAGAAGUAAGGCUAUAAACAAGCAACAUGAUCUGCCAAUACAGUGAGAAAAUUUGAUUCAGAGAACUCAGAUGUAAUGAGUAAUGAGUUUACUUUUUUCCAGGGAGUAAUAAGUAACGUAAUUCCAGUACAUUUUUAAAGAAGUCAUUAGUAGCUUGUAAUGCAUUGUUUUUUUAUGCAACUACCCCAACACUGGAGCUGUCUAUACUAACAUUAACACUAGUGUUAUGUAUGGUCUACUGAGCCUGAGCAGCACUCUGUUCUGACUAAAAAAGUUAGCUUUGUGUAGUGACAAAUAUUUUACUUUCUUUCAUCUUUUUUUAUUAAUUUUUUUGCUGCAUCUGGAUUAUUUUAUUUUCUCAACAGCCAGAAAAUCACAACAAAGGACCUCCUUUCCAUAAUAAAGGUUAUUGCCUAAUCGGCCUAUAAUAUGGUCGAACUGCAGCCGGGGCAAUGCUGUUUUUAGGGCGUUCCUGUCUGUCUGUCUUCACACAGUUGUGUCAUCACGUAACAACAUACAUUAUAGUACAUUUUAACCAUAAACGGGGCGUGAGGUUGCAUUCAAAUGACUGAUAAAAUGACUACAUUGACAACUAAAAGCUAUUUUUGAAAUGUAUAUACAUUUCAGAAUAGGUUAUUUUACAUUAACAAGUACAGAACAUGUCACAUUUGUAUUAAAGUGCACACAUUUUAAAAAAUAGAACAUGGGCCACAAUAGCCCACCUGAGCCUAUGUUAUCUGCCUGCAUCCUGUAGACAUGGGGCUGAUUUUACGCUUCCUCUGUACAGAUAUAAGCCCCAGGGUCAUGGUCAAUUCCAUCACAGUUCAUUCAGUUCAGAUCAGUUUUAGUUCAGCCUCUAAAGCAUACAAGCAAAAUGAGGAUGUUAUCAGUCAUCAUCCCGUCACAGAUCAAUGGCAUAUUAUCUAAUUUUUUUUUUUAAUAUGCCAUCAAGAGCUAAUUAAGCCGAUCCACCAAAAUGAAAGGCCACGUCCUUAUAACCAGAGGAGUAAUGUCAUUUCUGGUUAGGUACUUUAUUGCUUUAUAUGUAAGAUAAGAAAAAUGAAUGAAUAAAUGAAUAAUGAGAAGCCAAGUGUAUUUCUUUGGAUAUUAUUAUUAUUAUUAUUUGUGUUUACAGAUUGUUGAAUUGAUUUCUAAUCAAUUUUUUGUAUGAUUCAACUGCCAUCUUUCAAUACAAUACAAUGUUGGCAUGA